AUGUCUAACACACCAGUCUCCAAACAUUCAAGAGCUGCUAGAAGAAAUGAAAUUGAUGAUGGUGAAGUUAAAUCAUUAUCAUCAUUACCAAGAGCUGAAAAGACAGAUUUAACUUCAGCUAUAAUAAGAGCAACUACAAAGAAAAAUGAAGAUUUACUUAAUGAUAAGAUGAAGAAAAAGGAAAAACCUUCAUCAAUAACGAAAGAUUUAAAUCAAAAAGCUAAAGAUCAAUUAACAAAUUUAAAUAAAUCCAAAAUGGAAAAAGCUAUAAUGCAAAGUGAUAUUCUUCAAGAUAAAAUUUUAAAAAGUAAACAAAGAUCUAAAUAUGUUCAAACUGCAAGAAAACAAAAUUGGGAUGCUAUUAAUCAAGCAGCUCUUGCAGAAAAGGCUAGAUUAGAUCAAGAAGGUAAAGAAACUAAAGCUGAAACUCCACAAGAUGAAGAUGAAGAUGCUAUGGAGGAAGAAGAAGAUUUCUUUAACGAAGGUAAACAAGAACCUCAACAAGCACCACAAAGAAACGUUUUUGACUUGUUGAAUGAUGAAGUUGAAUGUUGA